CUGCCGCAGUGAAGGUGGAGGACGCACAGAGCUCUUGCUCUCUCUUUCUCUCUCUCUCUCUUACUCUCGCUCUGCCGCUUGUGUGUGGAUUUUACGGCAUCAGCUGUGUGCGCGAGCGAUCCCACGCUUCGGUUAUUCAAUAGUUUUCGCAUACCGAUAGCUACCAAUCUCGGUGCUGUUUUCCGUCAGAAUAUUCAGUGCCAGUGUGACGUAGAAGAGGAUCACGUUUGCUUGAGACACACCGGUCGUCCGGAUUUUGCCAGCCGCUGGAAUGUCCAGUGUGUUGUAGCUAUACGCUCUCUCGGGACCAGAGAAGAGAAAGAGAGAAAGAGCGUCUGAAUGAGAGAGAAAGAGCCAUAACGGCGUCGCGAGUGCAGCGCUGAUGUUGCGGAGCUGCCGAGAUCGUUUUCUCAGGUGUCUAACAGUAAAAGUCCCACACGUGGAUUCGAGAGGGAAAAAAAGGAUCGAAUCACCUUGACGCAGCAGAUCUCCGACGACGAUGCGUAUCGUCGACUAGUAUAACCCGAAAGUACAGUCAUUGGAAUUUUCGAAAAAGGAUCAUCCGCAACGAUGCAGCCGCCGAAUCGCGAGAGUCUGCAGCCGCACGACAGUUUCCCGAAUCUCCAGUACUACGAGAUCAGCCAGAGCGACGCCAGCAUGUCCGACCAGCAGUCCGACAAUCCGUCCAGUUCUCGCCAACAAAAUCAGCAGCCGACUCACCUGCAUCAGAUCAACCUCUGCACGAGUUCCGGGAUCAUCAGUCAACAUCAGCUGCAGGACAUUCUCCCUGGCACCGUCUUCGGCGAUCCUUCGAUGGGACAUCUGCAUUACCACAUUUAUCCCAGUCGCAGGACGAUCAACUGUUCGGAUUCACCUUCCCAAGGACAAAUCGUACCGAUUCCGGCCUGCAGGAGCCACAGUCGAAUGGAGCAGAUGCACAACCACGAGCACAACCAUCAGCACUACCCGAGACAGCCCCAGCCCAGGACGUCGCUCAUGAGACCACCCACGAGUCUCGACGAGCUGGCCAAGGAGAGGGACAACACCAGGACUCCUACGCUGAACCGGGAGACUCUCGGGAGAUACUCGCACGUGGCCGAGAAGAACAAGAAUCUCUCGCUGGUCGAGCUGAGCAGCGAGUCCCAGGCCGGACUGACCGCAACGAAGAGCGGCAAGUGCCAGUGCCACGCGAUCCACCAGCAACAGGAGCAGCUGCGCCAGGGCUUAAGACUGAAGCGUGAAUCCGAUGGAAACGACAACGAACCUGGAAGACAGCCUCCAGCACUGCCUCCGAGACCACCGCCGAGACAGUCCAACCGGAGAUACGAACUACCGGCUUCAGCCGUUCCUGCCGAUCACCGCCACGUGGGCAGCGGCGAGGGUAGCGGCGGCUGCUGCAAGAAGUACGUCGUGCUCUGCUGUCUCUGCGGCGGUCUAAGUGCAGCCGUGGGCAGCCUCUUCCUUGCUGUACACGCUGUACUAUCGGCGCACACCGCCAGUCUCGCGCUCUUCGAGACUGUGCCGAGCUACAUCCCUGGCACUAUGCUCAUAUUCAUGGGCCUCUUCACGAUGCUCCUGGCGCGGCGAAAGCACCGAUACGGCUUUCUGAUGAAGGUCUGCGGCUCCGUGAGCGUCGUCUGCGCGCUCGUCUGCGUCCUCGUGACCGUCACCACAACUGUCGUUCACAUGUCACGACUCCAGGGCCUCCGCGAGUGCGUCUACACAGCUCGAGCAAAAUCUUGCACGUGCUACGGUGCGCCCCAGUCUCGUGCCUCCGACCCGGGUGUGCUCUUCGAAGGAACGCCUCACUGCGAGGCUGUACACGGGGCCCUUUACGCCUGUCUUCGAGCCUUGUUCGGAGUGUCAGUGGCUGGGAUACUCGCCUGCAUCUUCAGCUGCAUGCUGGUGUACCAGCUGCUGAGCCACGAGAAGAAGAAGAUGUACUGGGAGCAGUUGGAGCUGAGGUGCAGGUCGCUGUACGGACAGGGCGCUGGACCUGGACUGGUCAGCGCUAGACCGGCUGGAACUUGCGGAUGCUGCAACGACUGCGGAGGAAUCGGGCCCUGGUGGGCUCAGUCGCCUGGAAAUCUUUACACGCCGAAUCCGGAUCUCGCUCCGUCGAGACGCUGGCGACUACCGUGGUCUCGCAGCAGGGGCCCAGCCCCCAGUGCCGACUCGAACUACGGCUUCCACGGCCACCAGUCGGCCGGCGCCGGUCAGGCCCAAAACGGCCCCCACCAGCAGCAUCAAGGUCCCGAAGGCCUGAUGGACCCGGGAGUAGGAGGAAUGGUUCCCUACAGCAUCUUGGGCCCGCAAUCGGCCGGGGCGUACUCGGUUUUGCAAGCUACCGGACACGACGAUCACUACGCCCAGAACAACGGGGCCAGUCCGUACAGUGUCUUGGAGACAGCUGUGCCUCUCUGGGGACCGCCUCCGCCGUACAGCGAUCCCAACAGCCCGGCUAGGAGGCCCAUGUUGGCUUUUCCGGCUGCCGAUCCCAGGACCAGGCUCAGCAAGAGGAUCGACAAUUUUCCGAUGAGAGAGGUAGAUUACAGCAGUUCUCCGGACAUCAAGCGUCCAAGCGGUAAUUACGAGAACGCGGAGCAGGUUUCGAACGACACGGACACAGAAACCGGUGGCAAUAACAGCGAGGGCCGAGCAUCUCGCAGCAACAAGCACAAAAAAUUGCUCAAGGGCGUGGAAAACGCCGGCUUCCAGACGCAGGAGUCCAACAUCCAACCCAAACAGUCCGAGAGUGAGCUCUACUUCGGUGACGUGUCCUCCUGCUGUGGGCCUGAGAGCAGUCUUUACGACGUCGCUACCGAAAAGGAAGUCAAGACCGAGAGCCAUCAGUCGGAAGCCGGCACAAGCAGCUACCUGCAGUCAUCGCACUUCCCGAAGCGUCCCUCCAGCAAACGAUCGCGUCGCCAGCAGCCUCAGCAGAGCUCCGAGAUGGUCGACCUGCCCUCGAACUCCAGCUGUUCGUCCAACAGCGACGAGCCCCUGGCACACUCGGUUCACACGUCGGCCGACGUCGAGUACGAGGUGAUAAGACAGCAGAGACGCUACGGCUUUGAGCCGUCUUCGUCGCAGAACGUCAGCGUCGUCUCCGUUUACUCGGAGCAGCAACAGGCUGUCGAACAAGAGGCCGUGGCUUCGAACGACGAGAGAAGAGACGAGAGCGACGAUGGAGCCUAUGGCGCUGACGAGGACUGCGAAGAGGUCGCUGAUAAGGAGGAGAGAGAGUUUAACGAUUACAGGCCAAACUUCGAGGAGGACGUGAGGCCGGUUAACGUUUGAGGCGAUCUUUUGUAAGAAGAAAGUAAUUUUUUCGUUUCGCUUACUGCCACUGACGAGGGAGUGAAGAGCGAACUGGUAGAAAGGAUUUUUUAUACUUAGAGAGAGAGAGAGAGAGAGAGAGAGAGAGAGAGAGAGAGAGAGAGAGAGAGAGAGAGAGAGAGAGAAAUUUUAACGAAUAUUUUUGCGACUCAGUGAUGUAUUGAAAUUCAUAAACACACUCACUUCGGUCUUAGGUGUAUGAUUAUAUAAUAUGUGUUACAUGCUUUGCUCGAGAGAACUCGACUAUGUGAACUGGAUAUUCUUAACUAAAGUAUGUCUCUUUGUGACUAUCUUUCUUUCUACAAAACUAUUAUUAUUAUAGUCUAUGCGCUUUUCUCAUUGUAUAUUUCAUUGUUCCUAUAUUAUUACAUUCUUGUAUAGUUAAAGUUGCGUUUGUGCUAUUACUAUUAUAAGUAUACUAGUAUACUUUAUUUCAUUGCAAGCGCCUUGAUGGAUUAAGUUUACGAAAAAUCAUUUCGAGCGAAAGUUUAUGACAGUAUCGUUUGUGCGAGCUUUUUUUGAUUGGUUAAAGUUUUUAUACUCUUGAAGAAUAUAACUUAGUCGUUAAGCUGGAAAUGCAUGUAAAUUUCGCUUGGUACACAAGAUAUGUUAGAGAAAAUUGUGCUAUAUGUAUUAAAAAGCUCGAGAGAAAAGACGCGGAAAAAAAUUAAACAAUAACGUUUUAAAUGUAGACGGAACAUCGAGCACUUUUAAAUGUUUGCCUAGUGAAAAAGAGCGUAUUACACAAUUAGGUAUUUUUUCAACCGACGAUGUAUAACUCGCGUCGUCACGAUGAUUUACGAAAGCUGGCAUUUUUAAUCACUUCAUCAUUAUUAUCACUAUUAAGCUAUUGUUUUUGUUGACGAGAGCUUUUUCGUUGAUUUUAGAAUUCUAUACUGGAACUAUGCGUUGUUAAUUUGAUUCGUAAUUUAACAAGUAAUUAAACAUGCCAACAAGUUAUAUAGAUAGUUAAAGAAGUAAGAUUGCGUAGUCAACAGUAUACAUAUAUAUUUCUAAAAACUUUCUGCGCCGAUUAUAAAAAUAGUCGAAUUCACACGCGCAAACUCGAGCGAACGAAUCCUUCAAGUAGACGAAAAACGAACUAUUGAGAAAAAAAAAUGAUUAUAAAAUACAAAAAAAAAGGUGCGCGCGUAGUCUCUUCUCGUGUACGUUCUCCAAUAGUUUUCGCAUUGCUUCGAGGAUGUAAAAGCUCAGUCAUCGUUAUAUAGCCACUCGUUGAAAAUCAUCACUGGACCAAGGACAAUACGACACUAUUAUAAUAGAAAUGACAAAUGAGAGGAAAAAGUUUGUCGAGUAUAAUUAUUUGAUAUUGUUGAGACUCUUUAUAGAUUCCUAAUGAGAGAAUUACGUUAUAUAACGAUUUCCAUUUUCCGUCAUGUAUAUCUCCGUGGAAGCACAUCACGUCUCUCUGCGAAUGUGUAUCCAUGUAUUAUUAUAUAUUAUAGCGGUGAAUUUGUAAACGAGCGACUGUGAGAAUGUCUUUUGUAUGGCGAAAUAUAUGAGUGACGAGAACUAUUAGACAUUCUUAAGUUUGUGCAUAAUCAUACGACGAUAAAAUACUUACAUAUAAAGAAGUACCUGCUCUAGUAUAGUCAUUCAGUAUUUUGAAAUACGCCAUGGCUUUUAAACGUGUUGUAGACGACUUUCCUCGAAUUACACUAAGAACUUUGCGUUCUACUUAAUGCUUCUACUUCUUUCGGAUCAGAGCGAUUUUGUUUUAGAAAAUCCGUCUGAUCUUGGAUGUGUACCACCGGUGCGUAUUUUCUUUCUUCUCUGUUGCCAAAACUACUCUUGAACAAGGAGAACUAUAUAUACUAUGGAUUAAAAAAAAACUAAAUAAAUAAAAAAAAACAACAGCAGUGUUUUUUGUAUGCGUAUAUUUAUAAAAACUUAGUCGUAAGAACAUUUUCAAAAUAUAUGAACAUUAUAGUUUGAAAAAAAGGAUGUACAAAUCGAGCGAAAAUACUGCGGGUUUUUGUUCCGGACUUUCUUAAUCUUAAGUAGGUAAAACUUUUGUAAUGAGCGAUGUAUGUGGAGAUUUAUGAUUAUUCGAUAGAUUAUCAUGCUGUAUUACUUACGCUAUAUGAUUGCAUUAGAGACAACGCUGUUUAAGCAUAUUAAAUGAUGUGGUGCGCGUUUUUCUUGAGACUUAUAUCACUGUUGCCGGAAAAUUGUCAAAUUGCCAAAAAUUUCUUUUAUCCUGUAAUCGUAAUACAAUAAAGUUGUUUUUAUACAGAAA